AUGGCUUACCAGUUCUUCCAGGGCAGACCGUCGGGUCCUGCUAAUAGUAAUUCUCCUACGCCUAUUGCAUCUCCUCCUCCACGUCCGGCGCAUCCUUCUAUACAUCUUCCUCGAGUUCAGCCGCCUCCCGCGGUCGCUACGAGAUCAAAUCAGGGCGGCCAAGACGAAUACACGCCAUAUCCGCAUGCGAUUCCUGUGGGCUAUGCCACUCCUCACCCUCACGGGGGGAUUCGUUGUCGCUUGGAGAAACCAAAUUCGCCGCAAGAGGCACAAGAUGAGGCGACAAAUCUCUACAUUCAGACUCUCCAUCUGCUCUCGCCUUACCGUGGCCAAGGUGUGGCCGCAGCACUACUAAAUGCCCUGCUAUUCGAAACACCGCCGAAAUCUAAAUCACGCGGCCGUAUUUCCGAAUUAGUCAAGCAUUACAACAUACGGUCUGUGACCGCGCAUGUCCACGAAGCGAACGAGGAUGGACUUGCGUGGUAUGUUGCGCGUGGGUUCAAGAUUCAAGAUGGUGUUGUGGAGGGAUAUUACCGACGACUGAAGCCCUCUGGUGCGAGAAUUGUCCGUCUGGACUUGCCUUACGAUGAUGCACAGAAGAGGCCCGAGUGUACAGAAGAUCAGAAAAGCUCAACCCCAGACGACGACUGGGAGAAGGUCGAAGCGGAGGAUGGAGAAGAGGGGGAUCAUGGUGUUCAGCUUCUAGGCGACUCGCAAGAGGAAAAGCCUUCGAGAAAGCGCAAGGCUGAGGAGGAGAAGGAGAAGCAACCUCAACGCAGGUGA